AUGCCAUUCAUUAAUUUUGGGGUUUUGUUGGCAAUCGUCCUUGCCCUGACUCCAUGCUUCUCGCUGGCGGCAAACACCACAGCAAGCUCGAAUGGUCUCAUGGUCGGUGCCGCUCGCGUUGAUAUCACACCAACUCCAAAUUCCUUAUGGUUGCCAUUAAAUAUAUACGACAAUGAAAGACUUUACGUCCGCGCCAUCGUAUUCAACAAUGAUGGUGUGUAUGGCGCUUUCAUCAGCUGCGAGCUUGCCUUCAUCAAGGAUCCGAUCUACAAAGCUGCCAAUGCUCUCGUUGCUGCAUACUUGAACACAACAACAUCAAAUGUCAUCGUUUCUAUUACCCACGCUCAUAGUGCUGGUCCUGCCGGUGUUACCACUGCAAAUCAGUAUGGGAAUGCAGCACUUUCGACCUAUCCUUCGGUGGCAGAGGCCGCGCUUGCGGCAGUAGAGAAGGCCCUUCUUGUGAUGCGUCCUGCGAAAGUCGGCUAUAACACAGGAUCAGCUUAUCACAACGUUAACAGAGAUGCACUCAAUCCUCUCACUGGUCGCUGGACGCAAGCCUCAAACACAUCUGGUCCUGUGGACCGCGAAGUCCAAGUCUUGACAUUUUUAAGCACCGAUGCUACACCAGAACCAUUAGCUGCUUGGACUAGUUACGCUAUGCAUCCAGUACAAUCAUAUCUAUCCGAGUAUACUACAGGCGAUUAG